AAAAGUAACAUUCAUGCUAAAUCCUGUUUCAUCUUUUCAAGUGUACUGUUUAGCAUUGCUGUGUUAGUUUACUUUGAAAAGUUUAAAGUGUUCAGAAACCUGAUCUUCAAGUGUAUUGGGCAUCUUCUUUUAUGUAUAAUUGGCUUGUUUCCAAUUGCUUGUGUGAUAAGAAAAAAUAAAGGAUUUAAGAGAUUAAAUUUUUGUCACUUGUCUGUGUGAAGCAGAUCCUACCUGCUACUAGCCUAAACAACAUUCAAAAUUAAUCUCUCGGUCGAAAUCAAUAUGAGCGAAGGUCAGGAGUCCCCACCGAACGACAUGCAAGAUGUUAAUUCGGUGGAUCCAUCGGCACCCCCAGUGAUACCGCCGCGGGAACAUCUGAUUACCACCGCAAUAAAAUUUCUGAACAAUCCAAACGUAGUAAGAAGCGCCGUUACCCAAAAGCAAUCGUUUCUUCGGUCCAAAGGCAUGACAGAAGAGGAAAUACAGCUGGCCUGUGAACGGGCAGGAGUCUUUACCAAAGAUCCAAACCUCCAAACUCAGACGGUAAUCAGCAUGGGAAUGGGCACCUCUGGUGCUCCGACGGGAUAUUCGAACGGCAAUUAUGUGAUCCAACCGAAGCAGUCGUGGUUAGGACGCCUCAAGGAGAUCCUCAACUCGGUGGCUCUCGUCAGCGGAUUGAUGUAUGGCGUUUAUCUCUUUUAUAAGGUAUCUAAAACAUCUAAAGUUCAUGGAAAUCUACCCCCGAUUUGCUGGUAUUGGUGGUGGUGGUGAUGGUGAUAAAGAUAAUCGUUAAUGUUUACUAUAGAUUAAUAUUUAUGAUAACGGCUUCGUUUUAAUUAUAAAAGAUCUACAUGCUUUUAGUAAAGCACAACAUAGGUCUAAAGAAUGGUUUUGAAAUUAUUAAUGUAAAGCAAUAUAUAGAAAAUUUGUACAUGAAAGAUAUGUAGCGUAAGUUAAUGCAAUGAAUAUAAGUAAUAUUUAUUGCAUUUCAAAACUAAAUCGUAUAAUUGAUACGCGAAUUUGUUGUAAAAUAAUCUUAUCUGUCAGAAAUAGUAUAAUUUCCGCUCUUCCUCUGUCUUUUAUACAUGUUUUUAAAAAUAUUUGCUCAAUUUUGGCAGUUAUGACAAUAUUUGCCAGUCGUCGUAGAAAUUAUUCACAAUGUUUGAAAAGUCGAUGUACCUCUCAGUAAAAUUUAAUUUAAAAAAAAUUGGGAUUGCCAUGAUUGGGGUGGGUCGGCUUUGAGGAAUAUACAUCAGACUGUUGUAGGUUUCGGGUCACAGAAUUUUGAGUUUUGGUCAACCAAGUUACUCAAUUAGGAUAAAGUUAAACUGUGUUUUAAUCAUCUAAGUGUUUUGUAAAUUCUAUGUACGUUUGUUGUCGGUUGUUUAAACCUCAAGUCAUAUAGAG